AUGACGGAUACACUUGAUAAGUUGGAAUUCAUUAAAAUUAAAACCUUCUGCUCUGUGAAGGACAAUGGUAUCCUGGAAUUCAUCAGUGUGGCGGUGGGACUGGUCAGUAUUAGAGGUGUGGACAGUGGUCUUUACCUUGGAAUGAAUGACAAAGGAGAACUCUAUGGCUCAGAGAAAUUGACUUCUGAAUGCAUCUUUAGGGAGCAAUUUGAAGAGAACUGGUAUAAUACCUACUCAUCCAACAUAUAUAAACACGGAGACACUGGCCGCAGGUACUUUGUAGCGCUUAACAAAGACGGAACCGCGAGAGACGGUGCCAGAUCCAAAAGACAUCAGAAAUUUACACACUUCCUGCCCAGACCAGUGGAUCCGGAAAGAGUGCCUGAAUUGUACAAGGACAUACUGAUGUACAGUUGA